AUGGCAAACAAGCCUAAGCAAAUCCGUUUCGAAGAGGAUGGGUUUGAGGAUUGGUCAGACUCGCCGGCUUCGCCUCUGCCGUCACCUACGCCCAGCGUCGGUUCAUUCCAUCGAGGCUCUCGCCCAAAACAAGGCACAACGCGAAUUCCCUCAAGAAUUGUGUCCAAGCGCGCUUUGAUCGAAUUAGAGUAUCCUUUCGCCGAAGAUGGGGACACAAUUGUUGUUCAGCUGGCACUCGGAGAGGAUCACAUCACUGAGCUUCUUGAGCUGAGCAAAAGGAUUCGGAGCUCAGACCAAGGGACUUCAGAAGUAGGAGACAAUGGUGAAUUUGACCAACAAGAGAGAGACCGAGGCUUUGACUGGAUCAACGUGGACGCACACGCUCCGGAAACGCCAAGUCCGAACGCGCGCAGGGGCGAGGAAUUCUAUGAAGACAUUGAAUCCACAUUGGAAGACACAGAUUGGGAUCGGGACGAUCUUGAAGGCCCAGUGAUCCAUUCCGGAGUUCUGAAUCUUAACAGCGCGAAAUCAUCGAUGGACAACAACAUGGACUCCACUGCCGGGCGACUUUUGGCUUGGAAUCAGGAAACGUCAGAACUGAUCAACGGUGCUGUUACGCAGCUCAAUACAGCGCAUGCAGCAGAGUUUUAUAUGGAUCGCGCCGGCAAUCAAAAGGUCACUCUCGUCUGUCCAGAAGACUAUGAAUUCGGGGUUACAGACGAAUCUCUGGUUCGCUUGAGAUGGCUAUACGACAGCUCACUUGGGAUAUAUGAGUAUGAAGACAUGUUUGAUACCGAGCCUGUUGUCUUCAUUUCUGCACCGCACCUCCUUCUCACCGACGAGUCUUCCGGCAAAAGGUUCCACGAAAACCACUAUAUGAGGAGUCUUCGUGAGGUUCUCUAUGGUUAUGACGACGAAACACGACAUAAGACUGACUCUCGUGGUCGCAAAUUCCCAUUUGAUGGAUUACGGCAAUACCAGCUCCAGGUUCCUCAGCUUUGGUCCUUGGUGGUUGGUGCAGAUCUGAUCAUAACCUUUUCAGAAUUACCGUCACUGGAAUUACAACGGAACCUCAUUACCGUCGAUCGGACAAGGUCGUCUGCAGGAAUAUACACGAUUAGGCUCAUUGAUGAAAAAGACAUGUGCCGGUAUCAUGUUGUCGUCAAAGCAGAUUGCAAAUACGCAGACUUUCUCAAACAUGCGAUGGCAUUGGCAUUCAAGGGUCAAGGCCGCUUGAAUGCAGCUGCCUUCGUGCUGGUCGAUGAUAGUUUUCGCACAAUCACAGCGGACAUCUGGUUGGACUUGCUUGCAAGCGAGACCAUUGAAAACUAUGUCUUCAGCAUUCGGGAAAAGCACGAGGGGCAGCGGGGGUCGAACGAUGAGUUUCGUGCCCUGUCAGAGAAGCUCCUCACCGCGGGAAGUCGGAGCAGCCUAGGUAGCCGCAGAGACUCACGCCGGAGUUCAUUUCGAUCCGAAUCCAGAGCUGCAAACUUCGACAUGCAGAUGGUUCUGCAUCCCGGUAUGUGGGAAUAUGGCGGUGACGACUCUCCGAGUCCUUCAGAAGACGGGCUGGAGUUUGAGGACGACCUGCUUGAAACUUCCACCAUGUCGUUUGAAUCACAUUUGGGCGUCGACAAUUCCUCACUCGACGGCACAGUUGACUUGACUACAUCCAUGUCAGAAACAAGCUUCAGGUUGAGAAACACAGCCACCUUUGACUCCUCCGUCUCGCUCGGAGGGGUUGAGGUACCGAAACUUUUCAAACUAGGCAAAGAAAUAGAGCAUCCAGCUCAGCCGAAUGGAGUAACUGGGAGUCCCAAAUCGCAGCCUGGGCAAUCAGCUUCUAAUGGUAUCAAUGAGACAAGAUUCACUCUUCCGCGAAGACAAACGUCUCGAUCUUUCUCCAAUGGCGCUGGAGGGUCUGAUUUCACGCCCGACAUUCAGGAAGGGUCACGGCGUAGACGGAGUCGAAGCCGUUCGAGGACUUCAAGCUUCACUUAUGCCCGUGACUCACCACUAGAGGCAGAGCCACUCCCGAAUUGGUUCAACGAUCAGGAACACUUUAGACGGACCCGAAGCGACAUGGAUGCAAGCUCAUACCACGGCUCGUGGACCAGACCAACUCCUGAUCGUGAAUUUGGAACGGGCUAUUUCUCUGCAGGCCUACCGUCACUGAAUCUAGCAGAAAUGGAUCCUGUACCCUUUCUGGCCUGGAGACUGACAUGGGACGAUGAUAAGAGAUCAAAAUCCGAAAUCGAACAGACGGUCUCUCAAUUACUGGGAAAAUUGAAUGCGACCAUGGAGUCGGAAAAAGUUGGCAAAUGGUACAAGGCUUCAUUUGAAUGCACCAAGGACGAGCUUAUCGAAAGAUUGGCUGCGUUUCCCAAAGUAUCCUUGGCGCCUUCCUUCCAAAUGAGGGACGCCUCGUUCAUCAUCCGGCAACUCAAUCCAAACGUGCAUGUGUACACAAGUUUCCAGACUGACAUCUGUCAGGGGCUCCGAUGGUCGAUCGAUGAGCAUAAAGAAACCGACGAGCAGUCCUGGUUCAUAUCACGGACGAUUGAAGCCACUUUUCCGUAUGGAGAGUCAGCCUCAGUUUCAGGCACAAGGGCUCAAGUAGAUUGCGACGACUGCGAUGAGUUGAAAGACUAUCUGUCACCCGAAGAAGCACUCGAGCAUUGGCAUAAAAUUCAUAUGAGGACUCCAUGUCAACACCAAACCAAAAAGGGUAGGGUGUUUGAUGACCCUUGUUUUGUUUGGAUACGCCGGCAAAAAGCCAAAGAAACUUGGACCGUAAGACCGAGAAGGGCUUCGAAAAACGAUGUCGCCUCAAGUCUUGAUCUCUUUUAUGGAGAACUUGAAGACAUAGUUGACCGAAUAGAAGAGCUUCAUAAGCUGGUCACGAGCGUGACUGGGUUGGAAGAUUCAACCAGCUGCAAUGACGGCAGACCUCAUCUCCCCAGCAGCCUCGUCGAGGCUUUCGAGCGGAUCGUUGCCUUGUUCAUCUUGAAGGCCAAAGAAAUUUCAUGGAUGAACAGAUUCGCUGCCACUUCUGAGUCGUCAUACGGCCAGCACGCCGAACAACGUUUGUUGGGCCUAAAGAGAAGCGGAGCCGCAACAUCAGAACGCGUCCGCAAUCACCUCGACCGGGCCAAGGAGGACAUAAUCCUACUAGGGACAAGCAAGGGAGACACGGAGAGAAUCAUCAUUGCUCCUAUAGGGCCUGAAUUUCUGGCAGCUUCUUUGAUUAGCCAUCUACAGAACAAUAUCUCCGUCCAAGGCACCGACGAAAAGUUGGAUCUCAUCAGCCAUUACCGGAACUAUACCGCCAGACUCCGAUUCAACACCAACCGAAAACCGAAAAGGGAGGCUUUUGUAGAGAUCCACGCCCUCGAAGAAGAAUUGGAAGCUUUGCAAAUGGUGGUCGCCUCGCAACAAGGUCUAUUGAGAGCUUACCAGAAGCUAUUCUCUCCUCUAACAUUCAAGUAUCCCACAACCGAUUGGAUGUAUUACAAGGAAAGAAAAUCUUUGUUCAAGCUUGAGAGCAAGUGCGUGCGCAGACAACAACGUCGAUUAGCGGAACGCGACAGAGCACUUGGGAUCCUCCGAAAGAAGGUUAGGGUGUUGAGAGACGACACGAAGCAGAGGAUUGAGAUCCUCGACGAGGGUCAUGGAAAGGCAAUCCGAGUGUUCACGAUAGUAACGUUGUUCUUUUUGCCCCUGUCAUUCGUCACAAGCUUUUUCGGAAUGAACACUAUCGACAUUAGAGAUACCAACUACGACCAGAGGAUGUUUUGGACAUCGGCCCUGCCUCUCACGUUUGGAGUUAUAGGCCUGGCAUUUCUGUAUGGCUACAAGUGGGAUCUGAUCGCGGCAUGGGCAACCGGGACUUUUACAUCAGCCAAAAAAGGCACGACUACACACGACUUCCCAAAAGAGAAAGCCUUGACCUGGACGACUACAGCGGAGCAAAAAGACGACUGGUUGCCAAAUCAUGGAAGAGCCAGCGUAUUAGGAUGGAGGUACAGGAUUUCGUAUCUUUCCGCACGACAACGGCAGAGGAAGGGCAGAGUUCCUAGGAAGAAGACGGAGGAUAGCUUGUUUCGGCCAUAG